UGUUGAUCAUAAAAACCUACGAUGAUUGUAAUAAAUAUUUUACUCACGUUUCGCCUUUGAAAUAUCUAUAGAUCUUCAGUUAUCCGCCAUUUUGAAAUAAAGACUCACCGUUUUUAAUUUUACCUGAUUUAGUUUUAUAAUUUCCAGGAAGGUUUAUUAAAAAAGCACUGUAUUUACGUCGGGUUUCACUUUAUUGUUUCUCUCAGCCAAUAAUAGUUUGUUUAUGGACCUAUAUCGCUAGGCAAUUGCGGACUGCGUUACACAAGUAUGAGAACAAGUUUUCGUUAGAUCAGCAAGAGAAUUUUGAACGUAUGAUAUAAUUUCGAGUAUGUGUGUUUACAAUAGAGUGUGUUCAAUUAGUAAUUUUACGAUGUUUAUAACGCGAAGGAAAAUUGUUGCCAUAAAACGUCGAUUAUAAUAAUAAUAAUAAUGUAUAUAUUAAAUACACGCGUCUUUCGGUAUCAAUUUACAGAUCAUUUUUCGUAGAACAAUUUAAGCAGCAAAGAAUAAAAUAGCGCAAUCGGUGAAAGCCAUUAUACCACGAAUAGUUUACAAGAGAAUUUAGAUACAAUUUGUUGAUGAUUGUUACUAAGUCACAGAAAAAAGUAUUACAAAUCACGCUAUUAUUUGAAGUAACAUUUGUGUAUGGAUACCACACGCGCAGUUGAAUUCCCAAGAUUAUAUUUGUUUUCUCUCUCUCUCUUUUCUCUCUCUCCCUCUUUCUUAACACACGAAUAAUCGUAGUCGUUUUAUCCAGUACUAAAAAGGGACACGUAGUUAUCUCGUAUCAAGCCUAACAAUAAUUAUAAACGAGCCAAAGGAUUUUAUCGCGCUUGAUUCAAAAUUCUGGAUUUAGUCGUGUCACAAUCUGACGUGUUUACACACAGCGAUGACUGACCACAUUUAAAAACACGAAAAUACGACGAAUAUUAUAGAGUUUGAAUCAUAUACAACAUAUAUAUAUGUAUCGAUUAUCAUAAUAAUAUUUGGUCGAUUACCUAAAUCAUUUAAUCGUUAAGCCUACUAGUUUAUAUAUUUAUCGCCUAUAAUGCCGCACAGUAGGUUUUAUUAUAUCUUCCAAGUGUAGUUUUGAUCCUUUUAAAUCAACUUAAAAAUUAAACAAUUACAUAAAUAUCCUGAAGUUCUAUUCACCCGCUAAACAAGCGCUCUUUCUUUUCUUCUUGGGCUAUCGUGUCGUUGUGAUUCACAGAUGUUCUCGUAAUUGUUCAUUUUGCAAAUAUUUAUCAAAAAAGAAAAUGUCAAACUUACAGAAUAAUUUUUGAAGUAUUUCGCACUUGUUUGCUAAGUAGGAAGGAGUCGAAUAACAUAAUCCUAGCGAGUAUCGUACACGCUAAUUAUAUAAUAGAGUAUCGAUAAAUAGUCCAUACUCGAUGAUAUUUAAAACACAUACUCUAAUGUAUAAUCGAAUUAUUGUUCGUAUUUUGUUCAUUUUUUUUUUUUGGUCGACGAGUUUACACUCGUCGGAUUUUUAUAUUUUUUUUACGUUCAUUAAAGAAAAUUAACGUUUAAAUGUUUCUUAAUUUAAACCCACACCCUAGACAUAAAUAUGUAUAUCUCGUAUGUAAUGUAUAUGUAUAUACAUACAUAUAAUAUAUAUAUAUCAAUACGCAACUCUUGGGCAAGGCUACCUUCGUUUUAAGAAGUGCGGACACACACCUCGAUCUCGUUGGAAAAUCGAACGAUGCGUGCUUUAAAAGCAAGGUACGUUGUUAUUGUUCGUUAUUAAUAUACAUUCCUUACGAAGACAUUAUAUUUAGUAUAUCGAGGGUGAAUAACAUGCUGAAAGAUUUGCGUUUGCAAAACUUGCAAGCGUACAUCGAGAAGAUAAAACAGCUCAGAAGCUAAAGAAAAAUAAGUCCACCAGAAAUACUACUCCGUUUCAAAUUAAUAAUAUUAAUUAAUAUUCAAAUAAGCUUAGAAGAUUCAAGUGUGUGCAAUUAUUAUCAAAAGGUGUGGGCACCCUAAUACGUACGUUACAAUUAAUACAGGCUGUCACUCUUCUAACGAAUAGUUAAAAUUGAUAUUGCAGCAGUAACGAGGUAUACUUUAGUCAGGACACUGAUCAAAUUGUCGAGUUGCUUUCUCAGGAUCUCUCGAAGCGAGAGACGGGGUCCUUGAAGCCGGGAUCUGAAGCAUUGCAACGCGAUGAGUCCAGGCGAAAAAUAUGUUCCACAUACGACACGAAUUGUGCCAAAAUCGAAAUUGAAUCACGUCCCCCCUUUUCGCGAUUUCCGUCAAACGCAUCGGGGUGAAAUAUUUUUAGACAAGAGUCAGUGGAAACGUCACGUGGACCACGUCGUGGGUGUAUCUCGGUGGUGGAUCGCGUGGGCGUCAAAGACGCACCUCGAAGAACUAUUUAAGCUUCUAGCGUCUUUGCAGCUGAAUCAGAAAGUGAAUAUUCCUCUGAACCGUUUUUCGGAAGUGUUUGCUCGAGUUUCGCAUCAAGUCCGUUUCCACAAGCACGGUAGUACCUCAAUGUUCUACGUAAUUUUUUGUCGUGAUCGUGUGUGCUCUUUCUCGUGUGAUGUCGGUGUUCUUACUUUCGGACCGAAAACAAAGUAACGCGUGUAGUGCGACGCGGAUUAGUAAACAGUAACCUAACGUUAGUGGAAAUCCUAAAGAGCUGUUAAACCUUAAGGACUAGUUACAUAUUUACUACUACGCAAGUUUGAUUAGAUCCCGUUCCGAAAAGUGUCCAUAGUCGCAAUCGCAAGUGUUCGAAACACCUUAAACUUACAUGAUAAUCACGCGGUUGUGGAGUCUUUCCCCGCCGGGUAUUGAUCGUCGUUCGAUAGUUAGAAAGUAUCGAAAUCUCGUGUUCGUUAACGAAGCGCGCGAAAAUAGGUGGAAAAUGGCGCACGCGGUGCUGAAAAUCUUCGAGAAAGACCAAACACGCGCGUUCAAUUAAUGAUAAGCUUUCUCUCUAUCGUAUCACGCGCAUAUAUUAACCAUACACGCUUUUUCCCCUUACUAAGCAACUAACAAAGGAAAGUUUUCGCUUGCGAGUUAAGUAUAUCGAGGAUACAUAUGUAAAGUUCGUCUCGUUAUUCGAGUGUUUAGUAGCGUAAAGCACGUCAGUGCCGAAAACUUAGCGAACUAACUUAUUUAUUAAAAGUACUCGUCGAAAAGCAUAAUGAAAUUUUUUUUUUUAUUUUUUCCCUAGCCUGGUUUGUGAUAAACUUUUCUCUCUACCAACGUGAUCUUCACACCCCUUUUUUCUCAUUUUUCGAGUUGUUAUAUGUCGACUGUUAUAUGUCGAGUUGUUAUAUGUCGAGUUACGCUUCUGUCGCUAAAUGGUGGAUCUUGUGAUCCGUUCUCAAUUAAAACGCGCGUUCGCGACGCACAAAAUCACGCACGGUGUGAACAGAAAAGAUGUACCCUCUGCCACCCCGUGCUUCCUGAUCAGGGUGUGGUUAGGUUAGGUUAGGUUUUUAUCGUAAAACUUUGCUGCCUAAUACCUAAACUCCUAAAACACGUAACCUACAUAGCCCUACAAUUAUGCGCAUUCGAUGGAAAAUUCAUAACACGUUUUUACCUCCCUUUCGUUAAACAGCCCCCCUCCUUUCUGUCGUUGCAAAAAACACGUCCACAUUAUUUUUUUUGUUGUAUUUCUUUUUAUUUCGUGAUCGACAAUAUUCUCUUUCCGUGAUAGACAAAUUUUCCCUCGAUCGUUCUAAACGAAUCUAGUUACGAAGUUCGUCGUUUUCAAUGCCGGGUUUCGCUCGAAAAAAGGAAUUUCAAUAUACGUACACGUUGAAUGUUCAAAGUAAAGAUCGGACUCGAAAACAAAUCGCUACGAGCUUUAUUCGAUCGUCUGUUGUGCGUAUAAGAGAUUAUCGUUGACUGCCCUCGAGGAAACGCGUAUUUUCCAACAAAGUAUUCCGUUUUUUCUCUACGCUACACUGGCUAUAUAAAUCGUAGCAAGAACUCGUUCGCGCGAUGUCUCAGCGAUUAAAUAUUGCUCUCGCGGAUCGUGAAAUCCUUGUACUCCUCCUACUCCGUCUAUAUUUUCAGGAUACAAUUAUAAUAAUCACCCGAGACCGAUCUGCAGGAUCGUGUCCCUUAUCCACAGUUAAAACGACAGACGGGCGAGUAACACACGUUAACGCGCAAAAACCUCAAUAAACUUGGUCCUGAAAAUGCUUCUUCCGUAAUCCGUUGUCGCUUAUACUAAGACGUUAUCUCUAAUCCAACGUGUCACGCGUUUUACACCCUUCUCUAAGAACUGCGUCCUGAAAAGCAAGAACUUGACCGACAAUUUAUCUCAUGUUUAUCCACGCAGAUGUCCGUGGUACCUCUGGUGUUUCGCGACUGGUGGGACGAUUUCGAUCGACCGGUGUCCAGGUUGAUGGACCAACAUUUCGGCAGAGGACUCGAUCGAGACGAUCUGAUAUCAAGGUUCUCCGAUCUGAGCCUCGACAGACCCCUACGCUCGAUUUUCCGCGAUAGGUACUACCGUCCAUGGAGGAACGUGACGCGCCAUCACUCGAGCGGAUCGAGCACGAUUCAGAUCGACAGCAAGGACAACUUCCAGGUAAUACUGGACGUUCAACAAUUCUCACCGGAAGAGAUCACGGUGAAGACGGUCGGUAACCAAGUUAUUGUCGAAGCCAAACACGAAGAGAGGCAAGACGAGCACGGAUUUGUCAGUAGACACUUUGUACGGAGAUACGUCUUGCCAGCAUCGCACGACGUGAUCAAUAUUACCUCGAGCCUUUCUUCGGAUGGUGUUCUAACUAUCACGGCCCCCAAAAAGGUAAGAGACGAAGAGGAGGAGGUUCUCUGGCCGGCGAAUCUAAGGAUGGAUUCGCGAAGCUAGGAGCGCUUAGCAAAAUUGUGAUCCUCUCUCUUUUCCCCCUUUUUUUUUAAUGUAUG